AAUAGAAUUUCUAUUCUAUUUGUGGAUUUAAAAGAAAAAAGAGAGAGGAGAGAAUGGCAAUCUCUGAGGAGUCAAAGUGGGUGAAGCUGAAGCCCAUCGAAGCAACAGCGGAGAGCUUUGAAGAGUACGGUCAGGUGGUGGAGGCCUCUCCAGAUGGUGAGGAGUUUGGGCCUCGUGAUGCUCAGUUGGACCUCAGCCGCGGAGUUCCAAGGUUCUACAUUAUGCAUCUUCAAGAUAGGCCGCUCAAGUUUUCCAAAAUCACACACCAUGCGAGCGUGACUCAAUGCCUCGGGUCGGUUGGUGGCCAUGUUUGGUACCUGGGAGUGGCUAAGCCUACCAUUGUAGACAAACAGACACUUGAGAGCAAGGAUCAUGAAGGCAAGAAUGUGGUGCAGUCUCGCUGUGCCACCGGCCAUUUUUAUGUGCCUCCCGCGGUGGCGAAUGUUCGUGUUUUCAAGAUUACAGGUCCUAAGUUUCUGAAGCUUAACCAUGGGACAUGGCAUGCGGGGCCUUUGUUCAGGGCAGACACUAUGGAUUUUUUCAAUCUGGAGCUCAGCAACACCAAUGUGGUUGAUCACACAUCACAUGACUUUGUGAAGGCAAAUGGAGUGGAGUUCUUGAUCGAUGAGCAACUGUAAUUCUCUGUUUCUGAUUUCAACAUUCUGAACUCGUUUCAGACAGAUAUUGUGUAUCUUUAAAUAAAUAAUACUCUCUCCAAAUUCUUGACCCAUUCUA